UUUAUAGUGGGAAGGGAACAAAUAUGUCUGAAAGGUCGAGAAAACGAGAGGAGGAUGAAACUCGGAACUACUUCUACAUCCCGGAUAUUCUCUAUCCCAGUUCCGGAUCAAUUGAUACAAUUUUUGUGGCCUCGUGGCCCGGCUCGUACGAUUCAUUCAUAAAUCCUGCUGGGCCGCCUUUGGCCCCCUCGCUGAUUGACGCCUACUUAUGGAACGUAAUAUAACGGACCAAUUAUAGUUGUCCGACGCCUGAUGAAAGCCCCUCCUCUAGUUUGCAUAUCACAAGACGAUGUUUUGGCGGUCGCCAGCUAACCACCAAAUACACACAUAAGCACGGAUACGGCACCGUUAGUAUACUGUACGGGAAGGAGUGGCGUGUCAGUGCGAAAGAUUUCUCUCAAAGCGGGCAAAAGGCAAGCGAGGAAAGCUAUAUUCAGUGCCUAACGGUUGGUUGACUGGGCAGACUCUUUGAGCACGCUUUUCUCCAUAGAUGUGAUAAAGAUUCUACCCUUCUGACAGCAGCUGUGUAAUACAAGUUUGGUUUAAACGAAGUCGGCUAAGUUUCACAGAACAGACCACAGGAUUUGCUUUUACUAGGAAUGGGUGAUAUUAGUGCUUCCAAAGAAGCCAGUGAGGAACAGUCAAAGCAACCCAAGGGCUACUCUGGCCUUCCCGCCAAGUGUAUCAACGGUGCUCUGGCAGGUGUCACAGGAGUCACAUGCAUCUUUCCCAUUGAUCUUGUGAAAACUAGGCUACAAAACCAGCAGGUCAUCGAUGGAAGGCGAAUGUACAAGAACCUAUUGGACUGUUUCAUAAAGACUGCAAAAGCAGAUGGCAUUAAAGGCUUGUACAAAGGGUAUGGUAUAAAUGUUGCACUAAUUUCACCAGAGAAGUCCAUCAAGCUGGUUGGCAAUGACUUCUUCCGCUACCACUUGCAGAGAGAAGGGAAACCGAUGGGACUCCACAGAGAAAUGCUGGCAGGUGGGGGAGCAGGGCUGUGCCAGGUGAUAAUCACCACCCCUAUGGAAAUGCUAAAGAUCCAACUGCAAGAUGCAGGGCGCAAAAUUGAGAGGAAAAAGAUCCCCGGGCUUGGAACAGUCCCUGAUGUCCCCACUGCCAAAGUGAACCCUUCCCUGACGAGGGCGUUCUCAGCCAGUACAACAGCCGAGGUCACUCCCUCUGCCCUGACUAUUGCCCGUAACUUGCUUCAAACAAAAGGCGUCUUUGGACUGUACAGAGGAUUGGGAGCAACUCUAAUGCGAGACAUUCCAUUCUCCAUGAUCUAUUUCCCACUUUUUGCCCAUCUAAAUGCCCAGGGUAUGGAGCAUGAAAACGGCCGAGCCAGUUUCCAGCACUCUUUCGUGUGUGGCUGCCUAGCAGCUACUGUAGCCUCACUGUCAGUAAAUCCUGUAGAUGUAAUCAAAACCAGACUGCAGCUGCUCCAACAAGCCCCUGGCGAGCACACUUACACGGGCAUCCGGGACUGCGCAGCCAAAAUCUGGAAGUACGAGGGCCCUUCGGCGUUCUUCAAGGGGGCGUCCUGCCGCCUGCUGGUCAUCUCACCGCUUUUUGGCAUUGCGCAGGCCGUCUACUACUUUGGCGUGGGGGAAUUCCUGCUCGGAAUACCCAAGCAGUGGUUAUGAGGGGCUCACUCGGACACAAAUCUCUUGUAGACCAUUUUCCACUAUAUAUUUAUUUUGGAGGGGAGGGAUCCCCGAAAGUGUGUGGUUGUAGGUUUUCAUUGAUAGUCGCUGAUGGUCACUCAUUUGUGGAAGUGGGUGAUUGUAGUGAGUUUGAAGAAGAUUGCCAAAGUUACGCUGCAUGUGUACAACCCGCAGCAAAUACGUUGAGUUUCCCUUUUGCAGCUGUUGUGUUUGGUUGUUUUCCAUGACAACAUUCUGAUGGUGCUUUACAAAAUACGAUAGGGAAUAAUAUCCCUACUGUAGAGAACUAAAACCAUUGUUUUAUUCCAAACAAAAAUGCUACAUUGUGGUUAACAGUGUACAGUGCUGAAGAAAUGAAUGUGGUGUGAGUAUAACAAUGUUUUCAAACCUUGCGAACGAAAUGCAUUUUUUUUUUUCCUUACUGUAUUACAUACAGCAAGAUCAUGUAAGUUCAAGAACUAUACCGUUAUCUUUCAGAACUGUAACCAAUUAAUACAUGUGUCAAGUAAUAACCACAGAACUAAGCAAUAAUUUGUUAUACAUGUAAGUAUAUAUUUAUAUAUAUAGGUCAUUUGGUGUACAGUUCUGCGGCAGCUGACGAUAUCUUUCAGGCGUUGCAAACUGAAGUUUCUUAUAUAAGAUUUCGGGGGCUGCAUGAGAGCAAAAGAUUAUAGGGGUGCAAAGAGAUUUUCACUUUUAACUGUCAGACAUGCAGUUGGGAGGUCAUUAGUGGUCCCGUCUGUCAGAGCUCAUUUCCGACAGUAUUCCAUCGACCAGAAUUAGAGACCAGUACUGCCGUGGUAUUAAGUUCAUAUGCUGAAGCUAUGUGUACAUUCACCAUUAUGGCCAGUAACUUGAAGGUGCUGUGACUGUCCAAAAAUGCUUGCAUGUUAAGUUCUAGAACAUUCAUGUCAGUGUAGGUCCACCGCAGUAAUGACAUCUCCAGGAUUGGACUGUUUAAGACUUUGCAGUCUUGAUAAAUUUAAACGGCUCCCUCAUGUCAUAUUUCAAAAUCCAAAAUGUGGCAUGAACAAAGCUUUGCAUUCUCUGUGGACCUGCGCCAAACUCUGUGACCUUCAUUCCAGACUACACAAGCCAAUGUAAGUUGUUCUUAUAUUAAAAGGAGGGUUAGCGCCGACAGGAUAUUUGCAACAAGCUAUUCAAUUUCAGACUUUUCACGAGACUACACUACCACAACCAGCACAGUAACAUCCAUGCACAAGUAGAAGAUGCAUAUUGUAAGGUAUCCCCUGUGUGCCAUCGACAGUAUUUCCCGUACCUGUAAAAAUGUAGUUAUCUCCCAAUUUUCAGGUGCUUUGAUGUCUAUUAACUCAUGGUGCUAACAUCUAGAGUAAUGUGAAUCAUCUAAGAUAUGCAUAUUGCAUGUAAUACCACCAAAGAUGCGUAAAAUUUGCUACCUGUACGUACCAAAUGUGGAUUUUUAUUUAGAGGAGUGGCUCAUUUUCGUAACAUGUUAUUUGUGACGUUGGAGGGACUUCUGGGACAAGUCCAAAUUGUGCACUUUUCAGGGCUUGUAAUGCAGUGAAUAGAAUUAGGAGACGUACUCUUCUUAGCCAACCGCGAAAUUGUUAGCCUCAACUUAACUCCAGGAGAAAGCUACUGCUGAUAACACAUAAUAUGUGCAUUGUUUCACAGCGGGCUGUCAUCCGAAUAAUUUCUGUAGACCUGUGAGGGUUUCACAGUGCAUUCACAUGCUGCCAUUACUUGCAUCCCAAAGCGUAGUUUUUGAGUUGAGCUAUGAAUCACACCUGUGUUGCAGCCCCAAGGUAAAUUAUGCACUGUGGAAUUAUGGAUUGGUAGGAAAAAUGCACGUUAGUGAAAUAUGUAAUGAUAUGUAACCAUAUGCACAGAUCAGACAUGUAUUUGGUCCUUUUGGUUAGAAUUUUUCACUGUAUGUUAAAUACCAAUGCUUCCAUUUGUUUUCCAUCUUCCACAGAACUAUUGCAUUAAAGAGAGGGAAAAAAAACAAACCAAGAAAUUUAUCGUUUUUUGGCACUUAAAAAAUAUAAACCAACUCGGGGUUAAUUUUCCCAAUGAAGUAUGCAAUACCAAAAUCAUCUCCUACCUACACGUUAUAAACCUUAGUGUUGUAAAAUGUCUUUGUUUUUUUUGUUUUUCUUUGUGAUCCACUGGUUUGGCAGCUGCUUUUUCAUCAUUGCUGUGUUGUGCUUUUGGGAGAUCAGUAAUAAAACUUUUAAAGUGGCAUUACAUAUUAAGGAACAAAAAUAAUUUGUUUUGAAACAAGAUAGCAGUUUACAUAUCACCGGAAUAUUUGCCAGUACUACAAGUGGUGUAACUGUCCAUAUAUUGACAAACCAAGAGGACAAAGUCAUGUCAUGUACAUAAUGUUUAUAUUGUAAAAAGAGAUUAUUUCGGAAAAUUCUAUUUGAUUUGCUGAUAAUUUAUUUCACCAAUGACAAAAUUGUAGUAGGAUUUGAUUCAAUUUUGACUCAUUAUAAAACAUUACACAAAUGUAGUAAUGUUGUGUUUCCUGCAAGUUUCAAGAGGUUUUAGAUGUUGUGUUUUAGAGGUGUCAAGUGUUUUCUAGCCCCAUCAGUUCCCUGAGAUUAUGGCCAUUUUCCUAAUCCUCCCGUUUAUUAUGAGUUGGCUGUUCCACAUGUUGAUUAUUGAACAGUGUUUGUUGUUUUUUUUCUCCUUGUAAAGCAGUAUAUAUGCAUUUAUCAGUACAUGUGUGGUUGAGAAUGUUAAUUGUAAACGACCUUGAGAAAAUAAGACUUGAAGCUUUGCAUGGUGGAAAAUAGACUAAGGAGAGGGCUUGCAGUGACACAAUGUGGGAUAGAGUUCUUUUGGAAGAGGUACGAAGAACCGGUGUGUGUACUUGUUUCGAUCAGUGUGCUCUGCCUGUCCUCAGGAGUGGAGUUCACUGGUCGAAACGUCAAGUAUACACUCACCGAUUCUUAUCAGAACCACGCCUCUUCCAAAGAGAUCCACGUGGUGGCAUCGCAAGCCCUCUCCUUAGUUUACUUUGAGAGGUAUACUGGAUGACUGGUGAAUAGAAAUUUAUGCCCCAAAAUCUUUUAAAAUCAGGUGCGUGGCGCCAUUGUCAAGGUGCAUUCAGCAUUGGAUGCAUUUAUCACUGACAUGUAGCAGCAUCGUGAAUACUUUGAUCCUCCUUAAAUACAUAAUGUAAACUGUCCAAAUAGUACCUUGCAUCUGAUGCAAAAGUAGUGUGAACUGAAAAGUACUGUAUAUGCAUGUCAAUAAAAAAUAUAUAUUGUAUGGCAAAUAAAGUUUAUGUAACAGUACAAACAGAAAUCA